AUGGCCCUGGCGGACAGCGCCCGGGGGUUGCCGAACGGGGGCGGCGUGUCCCCAGCGGCGGGGCCGGGCUCGGGGGCCGCGGGCUCGUCCGCCUUCCCGGAGAUCGUGGAGCUGAACGUGGGCGGGCAGGUGUAUGUGACGCGGCGCGGCACGGUGGUGUCGGUGCGGGACUCGCUGCUCUGGCGCAUGUUCUCGCAGCAGCAGCCCGGCGAGCUGCCCCGGGACAGCAAAGGCCGCUUCUUCCUCGACCGCGACGGCUUCCUCUUCCGCUACAUCCUGGACUACCUGCGGGACCUGCAGCUGGUGCUGCCCGAGCACUUCCCCGAGCGCAGCCGCCUGCAGCGGGAGGCCGAGUACUUCCAGCUGCCCGAGCUGGCGCGCCGCCUGGCGCAGGGCCGGGGGGCGGCCGGCGGGGGGACGCGCCCCGCCGCCCUGAACCGCGACGGCUCCCUCUGCGCCGACGAGCCCCCGUCCCUGCUCGGCUACCUGGAGGCGGAGCCGCCCGAGGCCGCGGGCGCCGCCUCGGCCCCGUCGCCCACCUCCAGCCGCAGCCCCUCCGGCGGCCCGCUGCUCACCCCGUCGCAGUCCCUGGACGGCGGGGCGGGGCGGCGCUCGGGCUACAUCACCAUCGGCUACCGCGGCUCCUACACCAUCGGGCGGGAGGCGCAGGCCGACGCCAAGUUCCGGCGGGUGGCGCGCAUCACCGUGUGCGGCAAGACCGCGCUGGCCAAGGAGGUGUUCGGCGAGACGCUGAACGAGAGCCGCGACCCCGACCGGCCCCCCGAGCGCUACACCGCCCGCUACUACCUCAAGUUCAACUUCCUGGAGCAGGCCUUCGACCGCCUCUCCGAGGCCGGCUUCCGCAUGGCCGCCUGCUCCUCCACCGGCACCUGCGCCUUCGCCCCCGAGCAGGGCGGCCCCGCCGACGACAAGAUCUGGACCAGCUACACCGAGUACGUGUUCUGCAGGGACUGA